CCAGGGAUGGGAACCAUGAGCUAUCCAUCCACUAGUCCAGGCUCCCUUGCCAAACAUAUUUGUGCCAUCUGUGGAGACAGAUCAUCAGGGAAGCACUAUGGGGUGUACAGUUGUGAAGGCUGUAAAGGGUUCUUCAAGAGGACCAUAAGGAAAGACCUCAUCUACACAUGCCGGGAUAACAAGGAUUGCCUCAUUGAUAAGCGUCAACGUAACCGCUGCCAAUACUGCAGAUAUCAGAAGUGCCUUGUCAUGGGUAUGAAAAGGGAAGCUGUGCAAGAGGAGAGGCAGAGGAGUCGAGAGAGAGCUGAGAAUGAAGUGGAGUCCACCAGCAGUGGCCAUGAAGAUAUGCCCGUGGAGAGGAUCCUAGAAGCAGAACUUGCUGUUGAACCAAAGACUGAAUCCUAUGGUGACACAAACAUGGAGAACUCAGUAAGUACCAAUGAUCCCGUCACCAAUAUAUGCCAUGCUGCUGAUAAGCAACUCUUUACUCUGGUGGAAUGGGCCAAACGCAUCCCACACUUCUCUGACCUCACCUUGGAAGACCAAGUUAUUCUUCUUCGGGCAGGCUGGAAUGAAUUGCUGAUUGCCUCCUUCUCCCAUCGCUCCGUGUCUGUGCAGGAUGGAAUCCUCCUAGCCACUGGUUUACAUGUUCACAGAAGCAGUGCCCAUAGCGCUGGUGUUGGCUCUAUCUUUGACAGAGUUCUCACUGAGCUGGUUUCUAAAAUGAAAGACAUGCAGAUGGAUAAAUCCGAGUUAGGCUGCCUGCGAGCCAUUGUCCUGUUUAACCCAGAUGCUAAAGGCCUCUCCAAUCCCUCUGAAGUGGAGGGUCUCCGAGAAAAGGUUUAUGCUACCCUUGAAGCAUACACCAAGCAGAAAUACCCUGAUCAGCCUGGCAGAUUUGCCAAGCUCCUGCUUCGACUCCCGGCGCUCCGGUCCAUCGGCUUGAAAUGUCUCGAGCACCUCUUCUUCUUCAAGCUUAUUGGAGAUACACCCAUUGAUACUUUUCUCAUGGAGAUGCUGGAAACUCCCCUCCAGAUUACCUGAACCCAUCAGUUAUAGCCCAUCAUACCUGGGGACUCUCCAGGGCCCAGGAUCCUGUGAUUCCCCUCUUCUGCACAUCCUCCUCCCAGCCUCCCAACCUUGACCCUCUUCCCAUCCCUGUAAUGUGACAGACAGCUU